AUGAACCACACGAAUUCUUAUCCAAUCCGAGGUGCUGGUGGCGGAUCACUGCGAAUGAAGCUGGCCGAUCGUAACCGAUCCACUCAGUUGCUGCCGAAAGAAUCAAAUUCUAUAUGCAUCAUGGAGGACAACAAGAAGUCAGCUUCACUUCAAGCCUUGGCAACUAGUAAUAUUCAUAAUAGUAACCCGGAGACGACGAACUCUUCCAACCCUGAGAAAACCACGCAAAAGAACAGCAGUGGAAGCAACAGUGUGAAAGGAUCGCGAAGCUCGGGAUUACAAUAUAUAGAAGAAAACAGCAGAAUUCAGCUAUCUCUACAAGACGGUUCCGAUCUGUGCUCUGUUGGCGGUUUGGAUACGGCCAUCUCCCAUCAUCACAACGCAGCCUCCCUUACAAGGUUCGACACGGAUAACAAAGAUUUCGAUCAACGACUGGCUGCUGUCAUUGGGCAAGGCGAGGCAGGGGGAUUUGAGAAAGGCUUCUGGGAACACCACGAUAGCUUAAAUAGAUGGACCCUUAAAUUCAACGAGAAGAUCGUAGAGGACGAAUACAGAGCGCAUUUUGCAGACUCAGGUGAUCGCCACGUCCCCAACAAGACACCCGUCGCACUACAUCAAGAUGUUGCCCUUCGAGAGCGAAUUGAUCAAACUACACAUUAUCGCUAUUCAGGCGUCUUUAUAGAUAUACUGGUAGCUGCGUUACUUUUGGUUGUCGUUUCCAUAGCCGUCUUCAUGUCAUCGUCACCGAUCCCCUUGUCAUUUAUCGUUUAUUUCUGCCUUGCCCUGACCAUCGUCAUUGCUGCUAUCGGUCUUAUAGGUAAGCUCGCCUUUAUAUCGUUUUGA